AUGAGGGGACAAGGAUACGAUGGUGCUAGCAAUAUGUGUGGCUCUUGGAAUGGAUUACAGGCUCUUUUUUUGAAAGAAUGUUCAUGUGCAUAUUAUGUACAUUGUUUUGCUCACCGGCUUCAACUAGCAUUAAUUGCGGCUGCCGAAAAAGAGGUAUCUAUUUGGUUAUUUUUUUCGAAAUUGAAUUCUAUAUGUAAUCUUAUUAAUGCAUCUCCUAAACGUCAUGCCGAGUUACAUUCUGCUCAAAGAAAUGAAAUUGCACAUAUGGUAGCUACUGGUGAACGUGAUACCGGUAGAGGUUGUAAUCAAAUUGGAAAUUUAUUACGUCCAGGAAAGACUCGUUGGAGUUCUAAUUUUGACUCACUUUGUAGCAUGGUUGAUAUGUAUGGCUCUGUGAUCACUGUUUUAGAAAAUAUGGUGGAUGAGGGGUCUUCUAACUCCAUUCGUGGUGAAGCUAGUGGUUUGUUGAUUGCGAUGAAGUCUUUUGAUUUCAUAUUCAUUCUACACUUAAUGAAAAGGAUAAUGGGAUUAACAAAUCUACUUUGUCGAGCAUUGCAAGAGAGAUCUCUAGAUAUUUUAAAUGCAAUGGAGUAUGUUUUAACUACUAAAACUUUGCUUCAUGUUUUGAGAGAGCAAGGGUUUGAUAUUUUACUCAGUUGCGUGGAAGAAGUUUCUAAAAAGUAUGACAUUGAAAUACCUCAGAUGGAAGCUUGUUACAAAUCUAGUAGAAGUCGUUCUUGUCAACAAAAGGAUUCGAUUACAGUUAAGCACCACUAUCAAUUUGAUGUAUUUGUUGCUGCAAUAGAUUUUCAAAUUGAAGAGCUCAAUAGUAGAUUCAAGGACGAGGCAGUCAAACUUCUUAAGCUCAGUGGUGCUUUGGAACCUAAAGACAACUUUAAACUUCUUAAUGUUGAUCACAUCUAUCAACUUGCUGAGAAAUUCUAUCAUCUAGAUUUUGAUGCACAAGAUUUGCACCACUUGAGAACACAAUUGGCUCACUAUGAGUUUGACAUGCCCGUCAAUGAAAGAUUUCAGAAUUUAUCAACUAUUUCUGAAUUAUGUCGAAGAUUAGUUGAGACAAAUAAGUCAAAAACCUACAAUUUGAUCGAUAGGUUGAUUCGUCUUGUUUUAACUCUUCCCGUUUCUACAGCAACAACAGAACGAGCAUUUUCAGCUAUGAAGCUCGUGAAAACAACUCUUUGUAACAAGAUGGAAGAAGAGUUUUUAACAGAUUCUAUGAUCGUCUAUAUUGAACGAGAGUUGUCUGAAAACAUUGAUAAUGAUACAAUAAUUAAAGAAUUUUAUUCUAAGAAGAAUAGAAGGGCACAACUUCAAUAA